AGAAUAAUGAUUUCAAGUGUAGAAGACAUUCUCUCAGAUGGCCCCCAUGUGGUAUACUAAUCAUCCCAGGAAUCAUUUCUUUGAUGCACAACAGAGAUUGGCUUUUCUUUUAUUCUGUUAAUAAUCCUUUGCAAUUGAAAGUUAAAUUAAUAAAACGUUAAUCAAAGAAUAUCAGAUUGAGAAUAUGCAGCAAGAUUAGGAAAGGAACAAUUAUCAGAAGAGGCAGACAGGUUCUCAUUACCAUUUCAUUCUAAUUCCAACCCCAACAAGGGGAUAUAGCCCACUUUGACUUGGUGAUAAUCACUUCAAUUUAGUGACUUUAGAUAAUUAAUUUUAAUACUACAUAUACAAAUCAAGAAUAAAGUAUAAAAAAUAUGGUUCACAUCAAGCAGAUAUACAAGUAGUUGAAUAAUGCCUAAAGAUAUAAAAAUUUUGUACAUGGAAUUGGCAAUCCCUGUCAUUGUCAAAAAAAAAAAAAAUACCUGCAAUAAAUCUAAUGGCAUGGCAGAACUUUCACACCUGCAACCCAAAUAUAACAGUCAAAACUAAAUAGAACAUCACAUGCCUAGAUCUGUCUUACUACAUUGCAUCAUUCCUUCUCUUCUUUCUCUUCUCAUUCUGCAAAAUCCAUCAACCUCAAAGCACUGUUAAUGAUCUAUCUCCCUUGAUCCAAAGCCCAUUUUCAUUCUACUGUAUAACCUUUAUUAUUUACCCUUUUAUUUAAAUCUUCGGUCUCACAAUCCCUACAAAGUUCAAUUCUAUCUCCAUCUGCUUGUCCUCCCUCCCUCACACUUUUCCAUACAAAUCUUUAAACUAAGCUUUCACUAAACCCAACACUUUCUCUCUCUCUCUCUCUCUGUCUUACUGUACCCAGAUCUUAAUUCUUAGUUCUUUGUCUUUCUUUUUACACUUUUUAAGCCAGUCUUCAGUAUUUUGUAUUUUCUCACUAGUCUAACCUAAAAAAGAAUCAUAACUCACAAGAAAUGAACAACCCCCAUAUGCUAAAACUGAUUCUUGGAUUAACUUCAGCAAUUGUUUUGAUCAGUCUUAUACUUGUCAUCUUUCGUUACUUCAGAAAAAGCCAAAAUGACGUAGAAAGCCCUGAGCUGAAGCAUGGAGAUGAUGAGACAGAAACAGAGGACUUGGUGACAUUUCAAGGAGGGCAAGACCUAACUAUAGAUGACAUUCUUGAUGCUCCAGGAGAGGUGAUAGGGAAAUCCAACUAUGGUACCUUGUACAGGGCUUUGUUGCACAGGAGUAACUCUGUCAGGUUGCUUAGAUUCUUGAGGCCAAUUUGUAUUGCUAGGUUUAAAGAUUUUGAUGAGGUGAUACAGUUGCUAGGCUACGUUAGACAUCCUAAUUUGGUGCCUCUGUUGGGGUUUUAUGCUGGGCCAAGAGGUGAAAAGCUUCUUAUUCAUCCGUUUCUUGGGCGUGGCAAUCUGGCUCAGUUCAUUAAAGAUGGAAAUGCGGAGUCUCACAAAUGGACCACCAUGUAUAAAAUAUCUAUUGGUAUAGCCAAAGGACUGGAUCAUCUUCACACAGGAUUGCAGAGGCCUAUAGUUCAUGGGAAUCUCAAGUCAAAAAACAUACUGUUGGAUCGCAAUUACCAAUCAUACAUAUCAGACUUUGGCCUGCAUCUCCUCUUGAAUCCUACUGCUGGCCAAGAAAUGCUUGAAGCUUCUGCAGCUGAGGGAUACAAAGCUCCUGAGCUAAUCAAAAUGAAAGAUGCAAGUGAGCGUACUGAUAUUUACAGCCUUGGCAUAAUCUUGCUUGAACUAAUUUCUGGUAAGGAACCAAUCAAUGAGAAUCCAACUCCUGAUGAAGAUUUUCAUCUGCCGACUUUCAUGAGAAAUGCAGUUCUUGAUCGAAGAAUAACAGAUUUAUACCAUCCGGACAUACUCCUUAGCAAUCACAGUGAUAAUGAAACCCCAGUUACUGAAGAAUGCAUACUUAAAUAUUUUCAGCUUGCUAUGUCUUGCUGUUCUCCUUCGCCUUCUCUUAGACCGAACAUCAAACAAGUCCUUUUGAAGCUUGAAGAAAUUGGCAUAUGACACCUUAUCCAUGCUUGUGGAAAAUUGAGCUUGGUUUUGGUGGUAAGUCACUGUGCAGUUAAUCGCGGCUAAAUUUCUUCACUUUGAUUUUUUUGUAUUGGUGUUUGUUGAUGGCAGCAGGGACAACAAUGACAACGUUAUCAUAUAUGGAGUGGGCACAAGUGCUUAUUCUGAAUUAGCAGAAAAGGUAUAGAGUUUUGUCUACUAAUCAGGAAUCGUGAAAGUGGGAAUGUAUAUGUUUAUGGAGAAGCUUCCAACCAAGCCAGCAUUUUGAUUUUAAAGCGAAAGUUGCACGCUUUAACCAUCCAACAAGAAUUGAGCCAUUGUGAUUGACAUUGUCGGAUUUUUGGACUUCUUUAUUGCCAAAAGUAUCAAAAUUUGUUGAUCCUAUAUGGUCCCAUUCCCAGCUUUGUUUUGUGAAGGCAUAUAAGUUAAUUAGAAAGAGCCAAUUAUCCACGGCAAAAGUGCCCAUGUUCCCUUCAGCUGCCUGAGCAAAGAUACCUCUAAAUAACAUACUGGGUCAUUGCUUGAGAAGAAAACAGGAUACUUCAGCCAUUUGGACUAUUGUUUGUUCUCUGCUAAAUGUCCAAACAGGUAUGUUAACAUACUCAAUAGGGCCGCAGCAUGCACCUUUAAUCUCGCAGACAAAUAGGACAAUCUAUCAUGUGAGAGUAAUGGCACAUGUACCAGUCCUAUCUAGUAAUUUGUCCGGCCCUAUCAAACUUGCAUUAGCAAUGAGGUGCGUUUGCAGUUAUGGCAAUUGGUCGUUAAUAUAUUAUCGUGAUGCUUUUGGCAAUGGAUACCAAGACAUGUACCUCAAAUUUUCAAAUGUAUAUUGAAUCAAAACAGAGAUGGAAAAUUGUACAGAGUAUUAAAUAUUCUAUCAUUGUCCGUUCUCUUUUAUUCUGGGUUCUUUAUUGGCUGGCAAGUGGUUGAUGGGGGGUGGUUAUGGAUUGGCCAAGUCCAACUAUAAGAAAUCAAUCGCCACCUAGAUGCAGCACAGUGGCCCUUUUUGCUUUAUAAUAAUAUCACUUUUGGUCAA